UUUCGGCGCCCGCGUUGCCGCCGCCAUGGAGGAGCCGCUGAGGAGCCCGCCAGGGCUGUCCGCAAUCCUGGCGAAGACGGACUGGUCCGAGCCCUGGCUGGUGGGGCUGGCGGUUUUCCAUCUCCUCUGCUUCCUCCUAACGUGCAUCUCCUUCCAGCACUACCGGGUGCAAAUAGGGCACUUCCUCUGCAUGGUGGGCUUAGUGUACUGUGCUGAAUAUAUAAAUGAAUUAGCAGCCAUGAAUUGGAGGUUGUUUUCUAAAUACCAAUAUUUUGAUUCAAGAGGAAUGUUUAUUUCACUUGUAUUUUCAGCACCACUGCUGGUGAAUACUAUUAUAAUUGUGGUUACCUGGGUUUAUAGAACUUUAAAUGUUCUUCUUGAAGCUUCUAUUGGGAUUUCUGCUGCCGCCUUUGUAACUGUCUAUUGUAGAUUUGCUGCAACUGUUGCUGGUGGUGUGCUGCUAGCUCCCUGGUUCUUUCGAAGGAACUCUGAAUCUAUGUCUCCUACUGGCAACAACCUUGCUGCACACGUUUCUCCAUCUUAG